AUGACUGCUCAAAAUGUCAAAGGCGAGCAGAUCUAUGCUACGCUUCUUCUGAGCGAUUCCUACCUUCCUGGCGCACUCGUCCUCGCGCACUCUCUUCGCGAUGCUGGAGCCAACCACAAGUUGGCAGUAUUGGUUACACUCGAUUCUGUAUCGGGCGACUCCAUUACACAACUCAAGGAGGUCUACGACUACAUCUUCCCUGUGCCACGCAUUCGCAAUGACCACCCAGCCAACCUGCAACUGAUGAACCGUGGCGAUCUGCACUCAGCCUUUACCAAGAUCAACCUCUGGAGACUCACCGAUUUCUCCAAGAUCGUCUACAUCGAUGCUGAUGUCGUCGCAUACCGAGCUCCUGAGGAGCUCUUCAACCUAUCUCAACCCUUCGCUGCGGCUCCAGAUAUCGGUUGGCCAGAUCUGUUCAACACUGGUGUAAUGGUUCUGGAUCCCAACAUGGGAGACUUCUAUGCUAUGAUGGCCAUGGCUGAGAGGGGCAUCUCUUUUGACGGUGCCGAUCAGGGUCUGAUCAACAUGCACUUUGGCCAGCAGUACCAUCGCUUGAGCUUCACCUACAACGUCACACCAUCCGCCCAUUACCAGUACGUCCCCGCCUACCGACACUUUCAGUCCAGCAUCAACAUGGUUCACUUCAUUGGCGCAAACAAACCGUGGUUUACCGGCCGAGACGCACCUUCUGGCAGCGGCCCCUUCACCGAGAUGAUAGGACGGUGGUGGGCUGUCUACGAUAGACACUACCGUCACCAAGAAAAUUCCGCCACCCAGUAUGUUCAGUACUUUACAAAAGGGGAAUGGCGUCCCCAGUCAGUACAAGAACAACCUUCUACCAACGAGCAGCACCAACAUGACGAUCACAGCGCGAAUUCUACCGGACAACAACAGCAUGGUGAGCAAGACUUGGAAGAUCAGCACCAAGCCGACCAAGACGAAGACAAAAACGAAGAUGAAACUCACCACGAAACCCCAGGCCGACACCCCAUCACGAUGCACGAUUGGGAUGCUCAAAAAUACCCCCCUCCCUCUGACUCGAAGCCCGAAGCGAUGAAUUUCCCCCUCACUCAUUACGAAAUGUCCCGUGACACUACGCCGUUCAUCCCCCCCCAACGUUACCCGAGCCCCCCGCAGAACAUGUGGUACGAAGUACCAAAAGAUAGGUCGUCUCCCCAGUCAAAGCAUGCUCCGGAGAUCUUUCCCUGGGAACGUAAUCAACCACGACCCACGAGAACUUUUGCAGGAGAGCCUCAACCAGAACCUCAGCCAAGUCCUGAAGAGUCCAGUGCGCAACUUUCGGUAAAAACUGAAGGCAUCACAGAAUCCGGAUCCGAAUCCAAGAACCAAUCUAGCUCGAGUACCCCUACAGUACAGGUUUCGUCAUCCAGCCCUUGGACGUCAUACACACGCACAAAUGCUUGGGACGAAGUGCCUGCUAUCGAACGGUAUGUUGACCGUCUACAUGGCGGCGGCCAUAGACGUGGUAAGAGUUCGACCUCUUCGACAGGUCGCGUGAAGAGCCCGACAACCGGUACAUGGCGGGAUGAUCAGACCAGCUCCAAGCAGGGUCUGAAGCUCACCGAUUUUCCCAGUGCCGUUGAACGCCCCAGCUUACCAGUAACGCCGGCUCCGGUCCACCGAAACUCAUUCUUUACAGAAGACGACGCGGAAAAUGAAGACGAAACGAAAAAGAAGCUUCCUGAAGCCGAAGGCGUCCCGACGCAGUCCGACUGGGAUCCUAUCGAACAACUUCAGAAAUUGGCCAAGCAGCAAUCGGAUGCAUUACUAAAGAGAUUGGGCGGUGAUGGAGAAGAAGGAGGAGUGAGUCGCGAGAUACCAACACGCCCCUUGCCCUUUGGUUCGGGAGAUGGGAAGUCACCUACUUAUGUUGCGCAGUCCGCCUCAGGCGUGUUAAGCCCACAGCCGAUGAAAGGCGAAAGAUCGGCAGGAGUUUUGCGCGAUAUGAGCAGUGGCAGUCCCCAACAGCCAACGAUACCUCAGCCGAGUUACUCCGGACCCGGCGCCGCAUGGGAAAAGGGCGAAGAUAUCCCGCAGCACGAAACGCCCUUGCUGUCCAAGGAAAAGGGACUGGAUGCUCUCACCGCUUAG